GUCAAAACAGGUGAAAACAAGCCGCACAAUAUCGUGUAAUUUUUUUUAUGUGAAAGAAAUUCUACGAUUUUUGGGAAUAUUUCGGCGAAAACCUGCUAAAAUCAGCUUGAAACUAUGGCUGAUGCCGCGGCACGUCAGCUGCAGUACGAGUACAAAGCGAACUCGAAUCUUGUCCUGCAAGCUGAUGUACGGUUGAUCGAACGUCCGCGGCGAGAUGAAGCUACCGGAGAGGUGCUGUCUCUGGUUGGGAAGCUCGAGGGAACCCGUAUGGGUGACCGGGCUCAGCGAACCAAACCGGAGAAGACGGAGGAGCGGAAGGCAAAGCGUCAAAAACGUGACGAAGCCCAGUACGAUUUUAACAGUAUGAAAGGUGCCACUCUGCUGUCGGAAGGAAUUGACGAGAUGGUUGGUAUCGUGUACCGGCCCAAGACGCAGGAAACUCGGCAAACGUACGAAGUGCUGUUGAGUUUUAUUCAGGAAGCGAUCGGCGAUCAGCCGAGGGAUAUACUGUGUGGUGCGGCGGAUGAGAUUUUGGCGGUGAUGAAAAACGAUAAGAUGAAGGACCGUGAGAGGAAGCGGGAAAUUGACGGGUUGCUGGGAACGGUAACUGACGAGCGGUUUGCGCUGUUGGUGAAUCUUGGUAAGAAGAUUACCGAUUUCGGGUCGGAUGCGGCUGGUGCGAUGGGUGUGACGGCGGAGGAGCAGAUCGAUGAUACGUACGGGAUAAACGUGCAGUUUGAAGAGUCGGAGGAGGAAAGUGACGAAGACAAGUACGGAGAAAUUCGGGAUGAAGAUGCGCAGGAUGAGGGGGAGGAAGCUAGGGAUGAUGGGAUGCUGCACGCGGAGAAUCUCGGCGGCAACGAGGAAGGCAAAAAUGAGAAAGCACUAGAUCCGCGUGAUAUUGACGCUCACUGGUUGCAGCGUUGCCUGCGGAAGUAUUACAACGAUUCGAUGAUGUCCCAAGCGAAGGCUGGUGAAGUGCUGGGAGUGUUGAAGGAUGCCGGAGAUGAUCGAGAGUGUGAGAAUCAGUUGGUUCUACUUCUUGGUUAUGAUUGUUUUGAUUUCAUCAAGCUGUUGAAGAAAAAUCGGCAGAUGGUUCUGUACUGCACGAUGUUGGCGUCGUCGCAGAGCGAGAGCGAGCGGGUGAAGAUUCGCGAGAAAAUGAAGACGGAUGGGUAUUUGUCAAGGAUUUUGCGUCAGUUGGACACCGGUAAGCAAGAGAUGGACGACUACGACAGUGAAAAAUCAAAAAUGCAGCGAAGGAGAAAGGAACAGGAUGACGAUAAUAUGGAGGGAAUAGGCGGUCAGAUUCCGGGGAAUAGAAAUCUGCUGGAGUUGGAUGAAUUGGCGUUCACGCAGGGCUCUCAUCUGAUGGCAAACAAGCGUUGUCAGCUACCGGAUGGAAGUUUUAGGAAGCAACGCAAGGGUUAUGAGGAGGUUCAUGUGCCAGCUUUGAAGCCGAAAGCGUUUGAAGAAAAUGAGGAGCUGAUGACGAUUGAAAAGCUGCCGAAGUACGUGCAACCGGUGUUUGCUGGGUUUAAGACGCUCAACCGGAUUCAGAGUCGGUUGUACAAAACAGCUCUCGAUAGCGAUGAAAAUCUGUUGCUGUGUGCCCCUACCGGUGCCGGUAAAACCAAUGUGGCAUUGUUGACGAUGAUGAGGGAAAUUGGGAAGCAUAUCAAUGAUGAUGGUACGAUCAACGUGGACGAGUUCAAGAUCAUUUACAUUGCUCCAAUGCGUUCGCUGGUACAGGAAAUGGUUGGUAAUUUUGGCAAGCGUUUGGCUACGUAUAAUUUGACCGUGUCUGAGUUGACCGGGGAUCACCAGCUCAGUCGGGAACAGAUAGCUGCUACGCAGGUGAUUGUCUGCACCCCGGAGAAGUGGGAUAUUAUCACGAGGAAAGGAGGUGAAAAGACCUAUACCCAGUUGGUGCGGUUAGUGAUCAUCGACGAAAUUCAUCUACUGCACGAUGAGCGAGGUCCGGUGUUGGAGUCGUUGGUUGCUAGAACAAUUCGAAACAUUGAGACUACGCAGGAAGAUGUGCGUUUGGUUGGAUUGUCUGCGACGCUUCCGAAUUAUCAGGAUGUUGCGACAUUUUUGAGAGUUCGGCCUGAAACUGGAUUGUUCUAUUUUGACAACAGCUACCGUCCGGUUGCUUUGGAACAGCAGUAUAUCGGAGUAACGGAGAAAAAGGCCCUCAAGCGGUUCCAGGUUAUGAACGACAUUGUCUACGAGAAGGUUAUGGAACAUGCUGGAAAAAAUCAAGUUUUAGUGUUUGUUCACUCCCGGAAGGAAACUGGCAAAACUGCUCGCGCAAUCCGGGACAUGUGUCUGGAGAAGGACACCCUGGGAAACUUCUUACGCGAGGGUUCUGCUAGUAUGGAAGUCCUACGAUCAGAAGCCGAACAGGUUAAAAAUGCAGAAUUGAAAGACUUGCUUCCGUACGGCUUUGCCAUCCAUCAUGCAGGUAUGACUCGUGUGGACAGAACUCUGGUAGAGGAUCUCUUUGCCGAUCGUCACAUACAGGUGCUGGUUUCUACGGCCACCCUAGCGUGGGGUGUCAACUUACCCGCACACACCGUAAUCAUCAAAGGUACACAAGUCUACAACCCGGAAAAAGGUCGUUGGGUUGAACUGGGCGCCCUGGACGUCUUGCAAAUGUUAGGACGUGCCGGUCGUCCUCAGUACAACACAAAGGGCGAGGGAAUCCUAAUUACCAACCACAGCGAGCUUCAGUUCUAUCUAUCGCUGUUGAACCAACAGCUACCAAUCGAAUCGCAACUAAUCUCCAAAAUGCCCGAUAUGUUGAACGCCGAGAUUGUCCUUGGAACGAUUCAGAAUGUUAAGGAUGCCGUCACCUGGCUAGGAUACACCUAUCUGUACAUUCGAAUGCUACGCCAACCGACACUAUACGGAGUUUCAUACGAUGCAAUCAAGGAGGAUCCGUUGCUGGAACAUUUUCGCGCUGAUCUGGUUCAUACAGCCGCUCUUCACCUGGAGAAAAGUGGUUUGAUAAAAUAUGACCGCAAAAGCGGACACUUCCAGGUAACGGAAAUCGGAAGGAUCGCUUCCCACUACUACUGCACCCACGAGACAAUGUUGACCUACAAUCAGCUGCUGAAACCGACCCUCAGUGAGAUCGAGCUGUUCCGUGUGUUCUCACUUUCCGGAGAGUUUCGAAAUAUUACAGUCCGCGAGGAAGAGAAAUUAGAGCUACAGAAGCUGAUGGAGCGUGUCCCCAUUCCGAUUAAGGAGAGCAUGGAAGAAGCCAGUGCCAAGGUGAAUGUUCUGCUGCAGGCCUACAUUUCGCAACUGAAGCUGGAAGGCUUUGCACUGAUGGCCGACAUGGUUUACGUAACGCAGUCUGCAUCCCGUUUACUAAGAGCGAUCUUCGAAAUUGUCCUGCACCGAGAAUGGGCCCAACUAGCGGACAAAUGUUUGACUUUGUGCAAAAUGAUCGAUCGCCGAAUGUGGCAGAGUAUGUCUCCGCUCAGACAGUUCCGCAAAAUGCCCGAAGAAGUCGUCAAGAAGAUCGAGAAGAAAAAUUUCCCCUGGGAACGACUGUACGAUCUGGAGGCGAACGAGAUCGGUGAACUGAUCCGUGUUCCAAAGCUGGGCAAGACGAUCUACAAGUACGUGCAUCAGUUCCCAAAACUAGAACUGUCCACGCACAUCCAACCGAUCACACGAUCUACGCUGAGAGUGGAACUGACAAUAACUCCCGAUUUUCAGUGGGACGAAAAAAUUCACGGACAAUCGGAAGCCUUCUGGAUCCUGGUUGAAGAUGUCGAUUCCGAAGUGAUCCUUCACCACGAAUAUUUCCUCCUGAAAUACAAGUACUGUCAAGACGACCACUUGGAGAAGUUCUUCGUUCCGGUUUUUGAACCGCUACCGCCCCAAUAUUUCCUACGCAUCGUUUCCGACCGUUGGAUCGGUUCAGAAACGCAACUACCCGUCUCAUUCCGUCAUCUGAUUUUGCCGGAGAAAAAUCUACCACCAACGGAACUCCUGGAUUUACAGGCCCUUCCGAUCAGUGCUUUCCGAGAGCCACGAUUCGAACAGCUUUAUCGGUUCCCCCAGUUCAACCCGAUCCAAACGCAGGUAUUCAAUGCGGUCUACAAUAGCGAAGACAAUGUGUUCGUUGGAGCUCCCACCGGGUCGGGAAAGACAACCAUCGCGGAGUUUGCUGUCCUGCGAAUGUUGAAACAAAACCCUCACGGAAGAGUUGUAUACUUGGUUUCCAGAGAUUCUCUCGCCGAACUGAUAUUCAUGGAUUGGCAUCACAAAUUCGGACAACAGUUGGAGAAGGAAAACCUAGGUUGCAAGGUCGUCAAACUGACCGGUGAAACUGGAACAGAUUUAAAGCUCAUCGCCAAGGGUCAGAUAAUCGUGACGACCGCCGAUAAGUGGGACAUCUUAUCUCGCCGGUGGAAACAAAGAAAGAACGUUCAAAAUAUUCAACUAUUCAUCGUGGAUGAGUUGCUCCACUUAUCUAAAACACAGUUCACCGCCCAUUGCAAACAUCGUCUUCAAUGCCACAGCCCUUCCGGAAUGUGGGAAAUUCCGUAGAAAUCUUGAUGAUAUUCGCAUUCUGACACAUUCCAUCCAUAGAUAUAACAAACCGCAUCGUCAUCCACGACUGAUCCUUUUUGCCCGUUUACUGACACUUGUAAGAAGGGCUCAAUCAAGAGGUCCAAUAAACAGCGACCGAACACAAUUUUGCGACAGCCGUCGUUCAUUCAUGAUACCUAACCAAAUUGCAUCUUAUUUAUUGACAUCAUACUCCAUUUCGCCGUCCAAUUCUUCUAUACACUGAAGUCUUUUUUUAUGCGGAUUUUUUU